UGAGAGCAGCUCAGCAGCGGUAGCAGCCUACCCUGAGUUUUGCAGAGGAGGGAGCCAGCGAGCAAGAAGAGAAGGAGAUUGAAAAUGGCGGCGAGCUAUCUGUGGAGGAAAUACGCAGAUUACUUGUAUACAAAGUGGGAAAGAACGAUUCUUUGGGAUAUGAUAGAGCCCUACAGGAGACCAAAAUCCUUCACUCCUCUUGUUACCAUUUAUGUUGCUGCCUUUUACACUGGUGUCAUAGGCUCUGCCCUCACUGAACAACUAUACAAGGAGAAAUACUGGGAAGACCACCCUGGUGAAGCAGUGCCUCUUAUGAAGCCAAAGUUCUAUUCUGGUCCUUGGAAGAUUCUAAGAGGAGAAGUACCCACUUAGUGAAUACACAGCAGAAAAGGAGUUUUAUUUUUAUGUACUUUCUUCCAAUUUACUUGCUGUGUCGAUUGUUUAGAUCAAGGUAGGUCUGUAAUCUUGUUAACCUCAAUAAAGCUGUAAUCAUUAUGCUGCAUUA